AUGGACGAGCUAGAUAACUUCAGCGGCAUCUUAUGGAGGGCCGGGUCUUGCAGAUCCUGUGAUCGCCUCCAGGGUGUGCUUACCGAGGACGUCAUCGAAUCUCCGGGCAAAGUGACGUGUGCACUGUGCAACCAGACCGUGGCCAACAUGCACGAACUGGUCAUUCAUAUGCGGAACCACAACAACAUACGACCCUUUGCCUGCAGCCGUUGCGACGUGUGCUUCGCUUCUGUCGCUUUGCUGAUGCUCCAUCGCUGUCUCAACCAUUCCAGGAGAGGACACUACCUGUGCUACAAGUGUAACGUCUGGAUCGAAGGCAUCGGCGAGUACCGCAAGCACAUGAAAAGCCAUCGUCCGCAAGGUUUUAAGGCCUGCUGGUCGCUUUGUGUUCCGCACAUAGAUUAA